AUGAAAGAUCAAAGCAUUGUCGGCGAGGCAUUGGCAUCUGUUCUGCCUCAAUAUGAUCGCCAUUGGUUCAAGGUGCCCCAUCUCCUGGAGCUGAACCUCAUUUUGCUCAUUCCAUUGCUUUCAUCCGCAGUAGCUGGAUAUGAUGGCUCCCUUAUGAAUGGUCUUCAGUCUAUAAGCGAAUGGAAGAAUUACUUUGGCAAUCCAGAAGGCUCAGUUCUCGGCGUUGUUAAUGCCGCUCAAUCCAUCGGCAGCGUGAUCUCGCUUCCUUUUGUUGGCAUCAUGUCCGACCGUAUUGGGAGACGCCAGACCCUUCUCUCGGGUGCCAUAGUGAUCGUCAUCGCAUCGAUUAUUCAGGCGGCAUCUGUGAACUAUGGCAUGUUCGUCUUCGCCCGCGUGUUGGUAGGAGUUGGCUCCAUGCUAGUCGUACAGCCAUCGCCUAUGUUGAUUACUGAACUGGCAUACCCAACUCAUCGGGGCAAGUAUACCAGCGCCUUCUGGACCAUGUACUACCUUGGUGCUAUCUUGGCAUCAUGGGCAUCGUACGGCACCCAGAAACAUCUGAGCCUGUCAGAUUGGAGCUGGAGAGUUCCUUCUAUUAUACAAGCUGGAUUUCCUCUCGUUCAAAUAGCCCUUUGGUGCUUCGUUCCAGAGUCUCCACGAUGGCUCAUUGCCAAUGGGAAGAAAAAGGAGGCCGAGGAACUCCUCGCCCGAUUCCAUACCGCUGGCGACACAUCACACCCCCUAAUACAGUUUGAAAUGGCCGAGAUCUCUCACACCAUCGAAAUGGAAAGCCAGGCGGCCAAGACAGAAUGGUCCGCCCUGGUGAAAACUCCAGGCAACCGCAAGCGUACCUUCAUCGCUGUCUGUGUUGGUGCUUUUGCCCAGUGGAAUGGUGUUGCGGUCGUGUCAUAUUAUCUCACUCUCGUCCUCGACACGGUCGGCGUCACAGAUUCAGACACGCAGACCCUCAUCAACGGCCUUCUCCAGAUUUUUAACUUCAUUGCAGCCGGGAGUGCUGCACUACUUGUCGACCGAUUGGGCCGACGUACUCUGUUCCUAUGGUCAGCUGUAGGAAUGCUUGUCUCCUUCAUCGUUUGGACCGCCUGCUCAGCCGUAUUCAGCACCACCCAGGCUGACGGCCUUGGUCGCACGGUGAUUGCGUUCGUUUUUAUCUUCUUCUUUCACUACGACAUCGCCUAUACGCCUCUACUGCUAGGUUAUCCCACGGAGAUAUUUCCUUACUCCAUUCGCAGUAAGGGAUUGACCGUCGAAUUGCUUAGCGUUUACGGUUCCCUGAUUGUGCUUGCCUUUGUGAAUCCCAUUGCUCUCAACAAUAUUGGCUGGCAUUAUUACAUCUUCUUCUGCUGUUUUGAUGUCCUUGUUUUGGCCGUAACUUGGUUUGCCUUUCCAGAAACUAAGGGUCAUGCUCUUGAAGAAAUCGCAGAGGUGUUCGAUGGUCCCUCUGUUCUUCAUGGCAGUGCGAUAUCAGGCAAAGAGGACGGUGAUUUUGUUGGAAAGGGAGAACACGCUGAGCAUAUUGUCUAG